AUGAACGGGACUGUAGUGCAACCCGAGAUCCUCUUGAAGGAUCGUGCGACGCAUCCCCUUUAUGGGUAUUUCCCGAAUCUUGCAGCGGCGAUUGUCUUUAUCGUGCUGUUCGCAGUGACCUCGGUUGCGCACUUUGCCCAGGUGCUCAUCCACCGCCAGUGGUGGAUGAUCAUUAUGGUCAUUGGCACGCUCGCUGAGAUGUGCGGUUAUAUCAUGCGCGUCCUCGGCCACAACGAUCCUUACGUGCGUGACCCCUACGUGGCGAUGGAGUGCUUGUUGAUCAUCACGCCUUGUUUAUUUGCCGCAGUUCACUUUACGUCGAUUGGACGCGUCGCGACCUUGUUCCCACGCAAGUACUCGGUCGUGCGCCCUAUCCUCGUGAUGCCCAUCUUUGUUACGAUCGACGUCGCGUCGCUCGUGAUUCAGGGUAUUGGAGCGGGCAUGGCCGGUACAUCGGACUCUGCCUCGGAUUCGCACAAGGGUUCGAUGAUUGUGGUCGGCGGUGUCGCUGUCCAACUCGCAGGAUACCUCUUGUUCAACAUGGUUUUUCUUUCGUUUUGGCUCAAGGCGCGCAAGGACAACCCCCCGCUGCUGCGCAGGAUGUACACCUUCCUCGUUGCUGUUUUCCUUUCAAGCUUGUUUAUCGUCCUCCGUUCGAUCUAUCGUGUGAUUGAGAUGGCUGUGGGGUGGACGGGUGUCAUCAACCAAACCGAGUGGGCUUUGUACGUCUUUGACAGCACUUUUGUCUUUAUUGCUUGUGCUAUCCUCAACGCUGUGCACCCGGCCAUGUACCUGCCCCGCAACUUUAAGUGGACGUACGACCCUGAACGCGAUGGUCCUAUGACGGAGGAGGUGAUGCGCCGGACGGCGGUGACACUGGUGCUGGUGUUGGUACUGGUGCUGGUGAGGCCGGUGCUGCUGGUGCUGCUGGUGCUGCUGGUGCUGCUGGUGCUGCUGGUGCUGCUGGUGCUGCUGGUGCUGCUGGUGCUGCUGGUGGUGCUGGUGGUGCUGAUGCCACUGAUGCAGCCGGUGCCACUGAUGCAGCCGGUCCUGGUGCCGGCGCCGCUAGCGAUUCUGCCGGCGCUGCUGGCUGGCGCGGAUGCGUCUCUCCCUGUCGGUGCCGAUUCUGCCACCGGUGCUGCCGACACCGCGACAGGUGCCGCUGCCCACCCUACUGAUGCUGUGCCGAGCGGCACUGAUACCGCUGUUGAUGCUACUAAUGCGGCUGGCCAACCCAACCUGGACACCAGCAACGCAGCGGCGACGGCUGCCACGGGUGCGACGACCGGCGUGGACGCGUCCGUCCCCGGUGCUCCGGACGCGACCGGCGCCACGGGUCUGCCUACGCACACCGCCGAGGCCACCGAGGCGCCCGCGCCUGUACAGGAUGCGCAUAUCGCUGGUGUUCCGAGCGCCGAGGCGCAUGCCGCCCAAGAGGUGCCCGCUGCCGCAUCGCACACUGGCGCGGCCCCUGCGCUGCUGAACGAAACAUAUGGUCUGGCCCCUGUUCUCCCGGGCUCUGGUAAUGAAGGCGCGCCUGCCGCCUAG